GCCCUGAAGGCAUCGCUCACACCAACCUGCUGUCGAACACGCUCGACUGGACAAAACGCCCCCCCGCUGCAAGCGCCGUACUCUGCGAUUUACACGGGGAAAAAAACACGCGACGAGGUGAUUUACCACAAACACUGCUCAGGAUUGAACUUGACGAAGGAGGAUGACGGCGGUUUAUAAAGACGACCAGGAGGACUGGCUGACUGUGUGUCUCAAGUACCUGCUCUUCGUUUUCAACUUCCUCUUCUGGGUGGGUGGAGCAGCUGUUCUGGGUGUAGGAAUCUGGACACUGGUGGAGAAGAGCGACUACUUGAGCCUGCUGGCCUCCAGCACCUUCGUCGUCUCGGCCUACAUCCUCAUCCUGGCCGGGGGCCUGGUGGUGGUUACGGGCUUCUUGGGCUGCUGCGCUGUCAUCCGGGAGCAAAGAAGCUGUCUGUCCACGUAUUUCUUCUGCCUGCUGCUGAUCUUCGUGAUUGAACUGGUGGCCGGCGUGCUGGCUUACGUUUACUACCAGAGGCUGAGCGAGGAGCUGAAACAGAAUCUAAACCAGACUAUGGCAGAUAACUACGCCCAGCCAGGGAGGGAGGCCAUCACACUGGCUGUGGAUAGACUGCAGCAAGACUUCAAGUGCUGCGGCAGCAACGACUCCCGCGACUGGAUGGCGAGUGCGUACGUUUCCUCCAAGCAGGCGGAAGACCGAGUGGUGCCCGACAGCUGCUGCAAGACAAUCACCCCUCACUGUGGCAAGCGAGACCACCCCUCCAACAUCUACAAGGUGGAGGGCGGUUGCAUCACUAAGCUGGAGCAGUUUCUGGCCGACCACCUGUUGGUCAUCGGCUCGGUGGGAAUAGGAGUGGCUUGUCUGCAGCUGGCCGGGGCAGUCUUGACGGCCUGCUUUAUUUAUCUGCUCUAUAAAGAAGAGGAGGAGGACUUCGGUACAUUGUGAUUUAGCUCUAGAGCAUCGCUGUGGUUUAAUCAACUGGAGAGACAAGGUCUGUGGGAUGGUGUUCACCAGCUGCUUGUACCGCAGGAUCAAAAUGGAACCUUACUGAGCACACCAGACCCCCCCCCGACACCCCCGAUCCACCAUCUUCGACCAGCAGAUGGAACAAUGAGCCCGCUAACACUCAGACUUCAGUCUCUGCAUCUUGAACUCCGACCGGCUGAUUGAAGCCAAGUGCACAGACACGUUCCCGGUCACCCGCCUCGCAGUCCGAAACUAACUGUGGCCUUUACCGACCCGGCUUCAAUCUGGAAGAACACGUCCGUGUGCAUCAUUGCCUUGGCUUAGAUGCAUGCUUUAGUUAGCGCGGUACAAAAUAAAUGGACGUGCAUACGAACAUACAUACUCCACAUGCAUUCUACUGUGCUGAACUAACAAUGAUCCAGAUUGAUUUGUCAUCUCUUCCCUGUGCAGAGAUUUAUAUGUAUUUAUUCCAUUCCUGUUCUUGACUAAGCAGUGGCACCGUUCUCAAAGGUGUCACUGCCAACGAAGAAAGAUCAUUUCUGUUCAUAUAUUUGGUUAACACCUCUGUGCCUCUUCCUGCUGGUAAAUCAUUAUGUAUUAAUUGCGUGCCUGAAAUCUUAAAAGAGAGCUGACGACGCACUGUGAUAAAUAACAGCAAAUGGAAAGUAGAUUAUGAUCUUAUUUGUAGGUGUGUCCUCACUCCCGAUAAUAGAAACACUGAAUAUUAAAGGCCACGAUAGUUAUGAAAAAGUCACAUGAAGACGUAAAUGAGAAGAUGAGUCAUUCCGUCGAUUGGUUUGCUAGAUCUUUGAAUGCAUGUCUCCACCUAGUGGUUGGCACCGGUAAUAUCUAAGAUCUACACAAUUGUGACCAAGCUUAAGAAUUUUUAAUUGCAUUAAAAACAGCUCUUUAGCUUAA